AUGAUACAGUUGACUAAGAUUAAUUUUUCUACUAGGCAAUUCUGGGUGAAGAAAAGUGAUCUGAAAAUUUUUGAUUUAAAUCACGGUGCUCUUAAAGAUAAGAGCGUUUGUGUAUCUAACCAAUUAGGUAUUUCUGGUGCAUGCUUGUACUUCAUUGUGAUUCAUUCAUUAUUACAUGCAUCUUAUUUUUGUAUUUGUUUCAUAGCUUGUAGGUUUAUGUAUGUGAAUUUUCAUCAGUUUUGUAAUAGAAUGCCCAAGGGAGAGAUUGUUAUGAUUUGUGUUGUAUUGGCAAUUCUGCAACUUAUUCAGUCUGUUGAUAGCAGAAAUAAUAUGGAAGGUGGCAUUGAUGAUUUUUUGUUGGAAACUGAGGAUGAGAUCGUUGCGGAGAACAGGAACAUAGUGGAAGAUGAAAUGUUAGGAGAUGAUGGUAUCGUCGUACCUAAGAUCGGAAUGAUAUUUAGCAGUGAGAAUGAAAUGUUUGAAUUGUACAAAGAAUAUGCAUACAACGUAGGUCGAAGGCCAAGUACUGCUACCGGAUCUGUAAGGCCGCAACCAACAAUUCAAACCAAUUGUAAGGCCCGGAUAAGCGCAUCUUCAGAUGAUCAUGGAUCUUGGAGAAUUAAUGCAGUCCACCUCGACCACAAUCAUGGAACAAGCCCAUCGAAAUCCAGGUUGUUUCGAUGCAAUAGAGAACUGAGUGCACAGGUUAAGCGGAGGCUUGAAGUGAACGAUGUGGCGGGGAUUCCGUUGCACAAAAGUUAUAAUUCCGCAGUUGUUGAGGCGGGCGGAUAUGAAAAUAUGCUUGUGUGGAAAAUGAUUGUCGGAACUACAUCGAACAAUAUUGAUUUGGAUGAUGAAUCGCGGUUGAGGAACAUAUUUUGGGCAGAUAAUAGGUGUAGGCAGGCAUACAAGGAAUUCGGCGAUGUGGUCACGUUUGAUACAACGUAUCUCACAAAUAAGUAUGAUAUGCCUUUUGCUUCUUUCGUUGGCGUCAAUCACCAUGGACAAUCAACACUGCUUGGUUGUGGUUUGCUUUCAAACGAGGAUACAAAUAGUUUUGUGUGGCUAUUCAGGUCAUGGCUUCAGUGCAUGCACAGUGUAGCUCCCCAUGGAAUAAUCACUGAUCAGGAUAGAGCCAUGCAAAAUGCAAUUCAAAUUGUUUUUCCAAAUACAAACCAUAGGUGGUGUUUAUGGCACAUUUUGAAAAAGUUGCCAGAGAAGUUUGGGUACUAUAUUGAUAAGGGUUCUAUAUUUUCUCAUAUACAUGGAUUGGUGUAUGAUUCCCAGUUCGUUGAAGAGUUUGAAGAAGGUUGGAUCGCAAUGAUUAAUAAGUUUGAAUUGCAUGAAAAUGAUUGGUUAUCUAGACUAUACGAGAACAUAAAGCGUUGGGUUCCUUGCUUUCUGAAAACCACUUUUUGGGCAGAGAUGUCAACAAUGCAAAGAAGUGAGUAUGAAUGCGUUCUUUGA